AGCCACACCUCAGCAAGGUCUUUUUAACUUGGGACAGCAAAGUUCAAAUGAACUAUUAGACACAAACUGCAAAAGAGUCCUGAACUGAGUUAGGAGGGGAAUCUUUACAGCACGAUUGCCCUCCACAGCUACUAGAAACGACAUGGAACUUUAAGGAGAGAAAAAGAAAAUGGACCAUCUCCCAUAACACCUGGAAUGUGAUCCAAGCCUAGAGACAAAAUGAUGGUUUGCAGCUAGAAGACAAUAAAACUAGCAAUGGAACCACUAUAUGAGGAAUACCUAGCACAUGGUGGAACAAUAGUCAAACCUUAUUACUGGCUAAACUUCUCCCUAGAUUGCACCAACUGUCCUUACCAUAUUCGGACAGGUGAGGAAGCAAGAGUCCCCUACACAGAAUUUCAUCAGAUUUUUGGAUUCCCUUAUGGGCCAACAUAUCCUCAAACAAAACACCUCAUAUUUUAUGAACUCAAAAAUUCUUCUGGUAGCCUGGUGCAAAAGGGCCAUGCCAGUAACUGCACUGGGAAUGAUACCCACCCAGAAUCAAUGCUGUUUGAGACAAAUGGUUAUCUUGACUCAGCCGCGCACAACAACAGCAGCAUUAGGCACAUCAUCCUGUAUUCCAACAACUCCCCUUGUAAUGAAGCCGAACACUGCUGCAUCAGCAAAAUGUAUAAUUUCCUGAUGACGCACCCAGACGUCACUCUUAGUAUUUACUUUUCUCAACUCUAUCAUACUGAGCAUGAAUUUCCUGCCUCAGCGUGGAACCGUGAGGCUCUUCGGAGCCUGGCCAGCUUAUGGCCCCAGGUCACUCUGAGCCCAAUAAGUGGUAGGAUCUGGCACUCUCUUCUCGACAACUUUGUCAGUGGUGUCUCGGGACCAGCUGUUUUCCAGCCCAUUUUAACCGGGAGGGCCCUGGCUGACCGGCACAAUGCUUAUGAAAUCAACACCAUAACAGGAGUGAAACCUUACUUCCCAGAUGCUCUUCCCCAGAAAAAAGAGAAUCAGAACUACCCCUUAAACCAUGUCCUCUCUGUACAGUCUUUCCAAGGGACAAGUAGACAACCACAGUCCAGCGUGACUCCAGACCUCAGGAAUCCUAUUGUCUUUGUGCUGGUCCCUUAUAGAGACCUACCACCAAUCCAUGUGGGUCAAAACCCUCACAAACCCAGGAAUGUGGUAAGGCACUUAAAUUUGCCUCAAAUGUCACUCCAGGAAAACAAAGACCUCAGAAAGACCAAGGGAGAUAAUGAAUCAGAAUGGUUUGCAAGGAACAAAGAGGCAGAGGAAAAGAAGAAGAAGAAAGAACAAAAAUAAAAUCUACAUGUUAUGAAUGCAUGAAGCCAAGUGCCAGGAGACUUACUAGCUGGGCAACAAAAAUCUGAAAAUCUCUCUCUCAGAUCUGAUCAAAGAUGAGGAUAAACUGAUGCAUAAGAGCAAAAACUGAAUUAUAUACCAUAUCCACUAUUUUAAAACCAUACUUUUUCUAACAUAAUCUAAAAUAUUUCCAUAAAACAACAUGAUCUCUCUCCUUUAUUUUGAAUGUGAUAAUAAUAAAAUGGAACCAUUAAUACCUUGCUAAUAUUUUGGUAAAGAUUAGGAAUAUUGUUAGUCUACCCACAUCAUCUUUCCAAUAAAAAGAAAACAUGGACUAAACAGCUUCUUAAAUUGGUUUCAGCAGAAAAAUUUACUAUAAAUUUAUAAAACAGCCUGAAGUUACUGAUGUUAAGUGCUAUCUCAAAGAGUAAACUAGUAACAUUCCAUUAAUUGUUAAUUGUGGAUGGAAGAUUUUAGGCAGCCCACUUUUUCCAGAGUAAUUCAAAAUUAUUUUGUGUGGGGGGAAAAAAACUCUUCUGUAAUGGAUUACAUAUAGUUAUAAAAAUUGAAACGUAGCCACCUACUCAGUGGACCUUUUCCAGCUCAGAACUCUCCCUCCUGAGCAAAUGACAGGGGCUGGAUGAUGCAAGAGAAUCACCAAAGGCCCCCCCUUCACAGGCCACAUCACCAGAACCACUCGCACUGGCUCCCAGGGCUCCUUGUUGCCUUGUCUCACUGGUAAGAUUUUAAGUUCUGUAGGACAAGCUCAUGCUCUGCACCACCACCCCCACUCCCCGCCACCUUAGAUUCUCCUUUAGAAUCUAGCACAAUAUCCAGGCAGAAUGUGGAUAGCAAGGUUGAGACUGCAUCUCAGUAAAUUCACCAAUCAUUACUCCCCAAGAUCUCUUCACUGCUGCCAAGUGCCUGCUUAACCACCCUCCAAGGGACAUCUUUUUGUUAGCACCCAUUUCCCCUUCUUCUAAUUCAGAUCACCAAUGCCUAAUUUGCAUAUGCUGAUUUCCCUUUUCUGACCCCUUCCUCUUUACCAGUGUAUAUCCGUAACUUCUCUUAAAAUCUAAUUCAAAGCAUACUCCUUUAGGAAGCACUCUUUGACUAACCUUUUGAGUCAUUUAAAUGAAACCACUUUACUUAUGCUUAAUUCACAUUUGCUAUCUCUUCCCUCUCAGAAAUAUGUAAAGAUGAAUUAUAAGAAAAUGUAUACUCAUCUUUAUAGAACUUGCCUUUAUAUUAAAAUACACACACAUGCACACACAAAAAUGCUAAGUUAAUAAGAUAUUUCACUAUUACAUUAGAGCACAUAAUACUUCAUGAAAAAGGGGAGGAGGAAGAGGAAGGAAGAAAUAAAAGAAAAAAAAGGUUUUAGGA